CCAACAUGGCGGAUGUACUGGAAGAUGAAGAUAUGCAAGUCUUGAGGUUGGAGUUUGAGUGGUUGCUGCGUGAACAUGUACCGAAGGUGCUGAUCCAACUUGGAAACAUUUUACAGGAAUGUUCAAAAUGUUUAAAACUAACAAGUGUACCAUCAAAGGGACCCACAGGAGAAUUACAGGGAGAAAUAAAGCCACAAGAUUACUUUAUGCUUUCCACACCCAACAGUGACGCCCUUAAAGGUUAUGUUGCUGUGGAAGGUGAAAACAUUUCAAAAGCUGACCUCAAAUUUAAACUUCCUAAAGUCUCAAGCUCUGGUUUCCGUGUGUUUGUUAGAGAGCGGCUGCCAUGGAAAUUAAAACAGAUUCAAGAUGCUAUAAACUACUUGCAACUUGCUAUUGAGAAGGUUCAAGAAACCAAAGCUAACUGUAAAUUUUCUUCUGGAAAAGAAGUCAGCAAGGUUGUAGAAGAAAUAACAAGCCUCUUGACAAAAGGAAAGACCAGACUAUCUUUGCCUGACAAAACACCAGUUUUAGAUAUGUUGGCAUCUGGUGACCAGAGAGUGUUCAAGCCUGGGUUGCCAGAUGAUGUGGUAGCAUACUUCUGCCUUAAUAGCGACAAACUUGUCUUGUCAAUUUACACUUUAACAACGCUUCCUGUUCCACCUCAAAGUUCAAAGCCUCCUCAAGAGAAUGACCCUGUUGGACAAACAUUUGAAUUUAAUAACAAAUGGAUGGAAAUCACAAGUCACUUUGAGGUUGAUUGUUCAAUCCCAAGACUCAGUGAUUCUGUUUUACUCAUUGGAGCAGCAUUGAGAUUGUGUCAACAAUUGAAAGACAAGUUUGCAGUUUUUUCUGUGCUUCCUGCAAGAUGAUCAUGGCAAUUUUGAGUCUUAGAUUGGAAAGAAGAUUUGUUUAUUUGAUAUCUUUUAUUGUUUAAAUAUUGAUACCUCAGUUACACUAGCUGAAAUUGAAUGAUUGAGUAAAUUUCUAUUUGUAAUUCCUGAUUAACCUUUAAACUCCCAGAAGUGAUUAACAAGUAACAUUUACCUAUAAUAUCUGUACACUAUCCUGUAAAAUCAGGUAAUGAGAAUAUUCAAACUUAUUAGGUAGAAGCUGUUAUCUUGAUCUAAUAACAAAUUCUCAUAACUAAUUUACAAGGAAAUAUGUAGCAGCUAGAGGGGAGAAUUAACAAUCAGA